UUGGAAAACGCUUUUACCGAAAGUGGUGGUUUUGCAACUUUUUCAGAGUUUUUUUUAGAGAAUUUCGUGAUAAAAUAAAGGUGAUAACAGCAAAUUCAAGUCGUUUGCAACCCCCUCCAUCGUUCCCGUCGUAAAACUGGGCCGGGAAAACGUAAAAAACCGAACAAAACAAAAGCGCUAGCAAGAUGGGAUUUCUUUCGAUUCUGAAGAAAAUGAAGCAGAAAGAGAAGGAAAUGCGAAUAUUGCUGCUCGGACUGGACAAUGCCGGCAAAACCACCAUCCUCAAGCGAUUCAACGGAGAACCCAUCGAUCAGAUCUCGCCCACGCUGGGAUUCAACAUCAAGACGCUGCACUACAAUGACUACGUGCUGAAUAUGUGGGACGUCGGGGGACAAAAGUCGCUCCGCUCGUACUGGCGAAACUACUUCGAGUGCACGGACGGACUCAUCUGGGUCGUCGACAGCACGGACCGGAUGCGCAUGGAAUCUUGCCGGGCCGAGUUAACGCUGCUGCUGGAAGAGGAACGAUUGGCCGGUGCUACGCUUCUCGUGCUGGCGAACAAACAGGAUCUCCCAGGAGCGCUAACGGGUGUAGAAAUUAAGGAUAUACUAGAGCUGGAUAAAAUCGAAACGCAUCACUGGUCCAUCCAGGGUGUGAGCGCCGUCACUGGAGGGAAAUUGGUCGAAGCGAUCGAUUGGUUAGUGGAGGAUAUCUCGAAGCGGAUCUUUACACUAGACUAGACACGUGAAACGUGUAUCCAUGUGAAACAAUACAUUCUAAACCUAUUUAUUUAAUACAUAGCUAACCAGAUUAAACGUGAGAAGAACUAUUCCAAAUGCGGUGCUUCGUUUUAGGAUUAUUCUUGUCGCUAGCGCUGAGAGGCGUCAAGUGCGCCGAAUCAACGAUGUUUCUGAAAGCAAACCACAAGGAUAAACCAUGACCGUGCCUUCCAAAUAGCUAGCUGUACGUUCAAAGUAACUUACUUGAACUCUUCAUAGUUUUUAGACGAUAAUACCGCGCGUAGCUUGGCAUCGUUCCUCAGCGAAUAGAGAUUAUCUUCACGUAUUUGCUCUAGACAGCG